AUGAACCAUUAAUAAUCCACUUAGUUGAUUCAAAAGUAUGCCAAGAAUCCAUGGCAUCAUGUUCAUUUUGGCAGUGACAGUCCAAAAAUUGUGAAUGCUAUCAUAGAAAUCACAAAAGGAAGUAAAGCCAAAUAUGAAUUGGACAAAGACAGUGGUCUAUUAAAAUUAGAUAGAGUCUUAUUUUCAGCUGUUCAUUAUCCUGCAAAUUACGGAUUCAUCCCAUAAACUUAUUGUGAUGAUAAAGAUCCUUUAGAUAUUUUAGUGUUAUGUUCAGUUGAAAUUGAGCCAAUGUGUCUAGUCGAGGCUCGUGUUAUUGGUGUUAUGCAUAUGGUUGAUCAAGGAGAAAUCGAUGAUAAGAUAAUUGCAGUGGCCAAAAAUGAUGCAUCUUAUGCAGGUGUCAACGAUUUGAAGGAUAUUCCAUCCCAUACUACUUAAGAAAUCCAAAGAUUCUUUGAGGAUUACAAGAAGCUUGAACACAAACAUGUGGUUGUCGAGGAAUUCAAAGGAAAAGAAGAUGCAUACAGGAUUGUGGAAGAAAGUAUCAAGCUAUAUGAAGAGAAGUUCUUAAAGAAUUUAUGAUAUUCUUAAUAUCAAUACAAUCAUACAGUUCAAAUUAAAUAAA